CCCGACCGAGCGCCGGGCUCGAGCGCGGACGGAGCGCGCGGCGACGCCGGACCGGCUGGGGCGCGGGGCGCGGAGGAUCGAGGCACAGAGGAUGGCGGACGGGGCGCGGGGCCCGUGCGGCUGCCCGGCCUGAGGCCCGCUCACCAUGUCGCCCUGCACCUGCUGAACGCGGAGCGCCCAGGAUGUCCGCGCUGAGGAAGGCUUGCCCACCGCGGGAGGCGCGGCCGUGACUGCGGUUCGGCGGCGGCGACGGCGCUCGGCUCUGGCCCGGGAUGGGGACCGCGCAGGUUUUGCCUGGCAUUCUGCAGAAGCAUUGCUGUAUCUUACCAGACAGGAAUACAGAGUCGCAGUGCACCCUCUGCGGGGAGCCGGAAGACGAUGAACUCCUGGAAGAGGAAGAGGGCGGGGACCUGGCCCAGCCGGGCAUCAGCUUUCCGGGGCCGGCGGAGGAGGAUCUCGACCAACAGUAUCCGUGGUCGCCCACUUCGCACUUCAAUGAGGAAAGAUACUCGCCCGCUCCUAGGAAUAUGAAAGGGCUAUCUGGGGGUCGGAAUCAACCACAGUUGUGUUCCGGUCAUACCUGCGGCUUGACGCCCCCCGAGGACUGUGCGCACAUCCAUGACCACAUUCACCAUGGGCAGGACACGAGGCAAGCCUACCCACUCAGCCCGGGGGAGAGCUGCCCCAUGGACCACCGGCACUGCUCCCCGCGGAGCUCGGUGCACUCGGAGGGCCUGGUGAUGCCUGUGGCACUGGGCGACCACCUGUCCAGCAGCACCUUCCCCAGGACGCACUACAGCUCGCACUACGACACCAGGGGCGGCUGUGCCGGGACCCACGCCAGCACCAAGACCAACCGGAUCCCAGCCAACCUGCUGGACCAGUUUGAGAAGCAGCUGCCGCUGCACAGGGACGGCUUCCACACGCUGCAGUACCAGCGGGCGCCCACGGCCGCCGAGCCGCGCAGCGAGAGCCCGGGGAGGAUUCGGCACCUCGUCCACUCUGUGCAGAAGCUCUUCACCAAGUCCCAUUCCUUAGAAGGCUCUUCCAAGAGUAACGUGAAUGGGACCAAGGGGGACAGUCGGGCAGAUGGCCACCACCACGGCCACCACCCCAAGCACGGCAGACGGAGUAAGAGCAGGGAGCCGAAGCCCGAGAGCAAGCAUAGGCCAGGCACGAGCAGCUGGUGGGGCUCUGACGACAACCUGGACAGUGACAGCACUCACCGGGCACCCAGCAUGGUCCCCAGGCACCACGUGGACCAUGUGUCCCACUGCUGCCCCGAAGCGCUGCAGGGUCCCUUUGGGGGCCUCUCCCUCAGGCCUUCCAAGAGCAGCAGUGACACCCAGUGCUCAGCCUGUGAGGGCUUGGCCCUGACGCCGGACACCACGUACAUGAAGCGGAGCUCCUGGUCCACGCUCACCGUGAGCCAGGCGAAGGAAGCCUAUCGCAAAAGCUCCCUGAACCUAGACAAGCCCCUGGUCCACCCGGAGAUCAAGCCAUCCCUCAGGCCAUGCCACUUCCUCCAGGUGCCCCAGGACGAGUGGGGAGGGUAUCCCACAGGGGGCAAGGAGGAGGAGAUACCCUGCCGGAGGAUGAGAAGCGGGAGCUACAUCAAAGCCAUGGGCGACGAGGACAGCGGGGAGUCGGACUCCAGCCCCAAAACGUCGCCCACAAUGGCCCUGCGGCCGGAGCCCCUGCUCGCGUCCACAGGACAGAGGCCGCUGGGGGAGCUCCACACGUAAGUCCAAGCUGCUCGUCUCUGUGAUGCCAGAACUCGCCUGUCCUGAA